ACUUGAAAUGUGUGCACGCUCUCACAGGUUUUCGGAAAAAAGACCCCUGUGUCCACGGAUGACUUCCAGAGUCAGGGAGGAAUGCGGCGAUCGUGGGAAAUUUGCUGAAAUCUACAGGCUUUAACACCGGCUUUGGAGACCAGGCCGUCAGUGACAGCGCUUAAAGGGACAUUAUUUGGAGCAGACCAUGGCUUCCUUCAGACAGGAGGAUGUAGAGCUUUAUUACGAGAUGGACGAAGAGCUGGGGAGUGGGCAGUUCGCCAUCGUGCGGAGGUGCCGGGAGAAGAGCACGGGGGCCGAGUACGCCGCCAAGUUCAUCAAGAAGCGGCGGCUGUCGUCGAGCCGGCGCGGCGUGAGCCGCGAGGAGAUCGAGCGCGAGGUGAACAUCCUGCGGGAGAUCCAGCACUCCAACAUCAUCACGCUGCACGACGUCUUCGAGAACAAGACCGACGUCAUCCUCAUCCUGGAGCUGGUGUCCGGCGGCGAGCUCUUCGACUUCCUGGCCGAGAAGGAGUCCCUGACCGAGGAGGAGGCCACGCAGUUCCUCAAGCAGAUCCUGGACGGCGUCUACUACCUCCACUCCAAGCACAUCGCCCACUUCGACCUGAAGCCUGAAAACAUCAUGCUUCUGGAUAAGGACGUUCCUAGCCCCCGGAUCAAGCUGAUUGACUUCGGGAUCGCCCAUCAGAUCAAAGCGGGGAACGAGUUCAAGAACAUCUUUGGUACCCCCGAGUUUGUAGCUCCUGAAAUAGUGAAUUAUGAACCCCUGGGCCUGGAGGCUGACAUGUGGAGCAUCGGAGUGAUCACAUACAUACUGCUGAGUGGCGCCUCCCCGUUCCUGGGCGAGUCCAAGCAGGAGACGCUGACCAACAUCUCCGCUGUCAACUACGACUUUGACGAGGAGUACUUCAGCAGCACCAGCGAGCUGGCAAAGGACUUCAUCCGCAGGCUGCUUGUGAAGGACCCUAAGAAGAGAAUGACUAUUCAAGACAGUCUGGAGCAUCCCUGGAUCAAGGUGAUCAAGCGGCGGAACGUGCGGCAGGAGGACAGCGGCCGCAAGCCGGAGCGCCGGCGCCUGAAGACCACCCGCCUGAAGGAGUACACCAUCAAGUCCCACUCCAGCAUGCCGCCCAACAACACCUACGUCAACUUCGAGCGCUUCUCACAGGUGCUGGAGCAGAUCGGCGUGGCCGAGGAGGGCCUGCGUGAGCUGGGCCGCAACCAGCGGUCCUGCCGCGACGACGUGGCCGCCCUGCUGUCCAUCUACGAGGAGAAGGAGGGCUGGUACCGCGAGGAGCGCGAGAGCGUGGAGGGCGACCUGCGGCAGAUCCGCCAGGCGCUGCAGAGCACGCAGGCCCAGCGGCGGCAGAGCCAGGAGGAGGCGCGGGCCGCCAUGCUCUCCGCCAACGCCCUCAAGCGCAGGCUGGGCCGGCUGGAGAACCGCUACGAGGUGCUAGCCGAGCAGGUGGCGUCCGAGGUGCGCUGGGUGGAGGAGCUGGUGCGCUCCCUCGACUCCGAGAAGGACACGCCGGGCACUGGCAUGCGCUGAUUUUUAUUUUGUUGCCAUUUUCUUUUAUUGUUUGGGGAGGGGGCCAGGA